CAGUUUUGGAAAGGAGUGGUGAGGAAGAAUUGCUGAAAAGAGCACGACACGUCAUUACGGAAAUCAAGCGUACGCAAGACGCGGCUGCGGCAUUGAGGGAGCACAAUUUUAAAAAGAUGGGCAAACUAAUGAAAGAGUCUCAUACAUCAUUACGUGACGACUUCCAAGUAUCCUGCAUUGAACUGGAUGUGCUGGUGAAUGCGGCCAUUAAUUGUUCUGGUGUUUUGGGAUCACGUAUGACUGGCGGUGGCUUCGGCGGUUGCACUGUGACUUUGCUGCAGCGCUCCGUUGUUGACAGUGUAAUGGCGACGAUGCGUGAGAAUUUCAUCAGAAAAUUCAAUAAGGACGCAGCUCAACGUAUUGAAUUCUAUAUUUGUACGCCAAGCGAGGGUGCGAGACGUGUGAGUUUGUAGUAACGAAUUCCACCAACAACAACAACAACAACUCACUGGCAAUCAAGCGACCACAAUCACAAUAAUACAAAUUGUAAAAAAUAAAUUAAAAAAAAUAAAACAAAUUUUAUAAUAAAUAAAUAAACAAGAAGAAAAUUGCAUUGCAAUCACAGA